AUGUUCCGGGUUUCUGUGAGCUACAUUCUACUAUGCGGCCAGAUUCUGCUUCUUCUGACCGUGUUGUUGCUGCAAUGUUUGGAAGGGACUCAUUCUCAGAACGCGUCGACAACACCUGGAAACCGUGGUACAACCGCUGCAUUUGGAGACCAAGAAAACGGGACAUUUCGUACCACACCAGCUGACCAUGCGAAUGAGUCCCACCAAAACGUCUGGGAAUACAGGCCCCCAUCGCCGGUUGUCCUUUGUAGCUAUCUGCCGGAGGAGUUUAUAUAUUGUCAACCACCUGUCGACCACACAGGGAAUACGACUGCUUUAGCGGAAAUGGGCCAUGGUUGUGCGAAGUUUGGAGGCCAGGCAUAUAAAGAUGUGAACCACACACGGGUGAUGUGCAUGGCGCUGGAUGGCAUCGAGUGUGCCCCUCCGCGAGAGUUUCUGAGAGGGCACGAGCCCUGCAUUAAGUACACCGGGCACUACUUCAUAACCACCCUGCUCUACUCCUUCUUCCUGGGCUGCUUCGGGGUGGACCGCUUCUGCCUGGGCCACACCGGCACGGCGGUGGGGAAGCUGCUCACGCUCGGGGGGCUGGGCAUCUGGUGGUUCGUGGACCUGAUCCUGCUCAUCACCGGCGGCCUGAUGCCCAGCGACGGCAGCAACUGGUGCACUUUCUACUGAGGGAGCGGAGGGAGAGACAGAGGGAUGGAGGGAUGGGGGAGUGGGGAGGAGGGGCUGGGCAACGUUCAUGCGGUUCAGGGCAGUUGGGCUUUUAUUUCACUCUGACCACAAUGUACCUUCUUAACUUAGAUAAAUGACUUUAAGAAAGCGUUACUUUCUCUUUUUUUCUUCUUUUUUUUUUUUUUACUCGUCCUGUUGUAACAUCUUUGAUUAAUGUGACUUUGUGAUGAGAUCGAACACUGGAUUAUUUCUGUGUUCAACCGUAAGGUCUCAAAUUGAUUGCUUGGAUCGGUUUUCACAUGCUUGUUAAUUAGCCAAGAAUGAAGUUUUAAUAUUUCUCAUCAAUAUUCAUGAAGGCGAGCCUAAGACCUGGGCAUAAAAUAACCGAUAAUUCGCUUAUUAACUUUCCCUCCUGAAAAUGUGAGUGAAGACCGAUAUUCAGCGGGUCAUUAUUUACACAAAAAUUUUGUUUAUACAGCACUAGGCAGGAAAACAUCAGCUUCAAUUGAUCUUAGGAGCCAACAAAAGUAUAAAUAUCAAAUAUUCAAAAAUUAAUCUCUUUAAUCUGACGGACUCAUUGUAGUAAAUUGCGGGGGAAGUGCUUGCUUAAAUAACCUUGUCCCCCAAAGUAAACUGUAAACGAAAAAGCCAUGUGCAGUUUAGGAAGAGUCAAUGGUCCCAUUGCUCAACAGGUAAAUUGUUAAGCAAGGAUGCCGUGCAGUGUUUGUAUUGGCGCAGCUUUUUAAACAUUGUGCGAAGCUUCUGCGCCACCAGAAACGCACGGCUCCUUGAACAUUCCUGAGAUGUAGAUUUUUAUGUAAUGGGUUGCCAACAGCAUCAGGAAGCAGGCGGACGCGUGCAGGCGCCAGCAUGUUUUGAUUGAUAACUGUAUGUCUGAUGAAGAUGUGGAGUUUAAGUCUGUGGGGGACAUGAAGUUGGCACUCGUUUGUUUUUCGUGAGUUUUAUCUUCGGUGUCAUGUUCGUUCGUGUUUCUGAAAUCUGCGAUAUAGAAUUCACACUCGUGAAAUGCACAUCUUUUCAAGCUGAUAUUUUGCGUAAUUAACACUUGGUACACCCGAAGCCCCAAUGUUGCACCCGUACACUUUUCUCCUUUGUCAAAUUAGUGACUCUCAACCGACGAUUUGUUGCAGCCGCGCUGACGGAGAAAGAUGAAGCGAAUCCGGCGUAGUGUCGGAGAGCUCUCCGAGGAAUCGCUCGGCUCGUCGUCUUUAAUCUCGCUCCAGCGCUCCCCCCCCCCCGCGCCUUCAGCACUUGUAGCGUCGGUCUUUCUCGCGCUCAUCUGAAUUCACAAUACCGUCUGACCUAUUGUGAGGAAAGACGUGCUUGUGUACACGCUGGUUAAAUUGAACUGUAUUGAACAUGUUUUUUAUUGAAUCGUGCACUGUAUACAACAUGCCAAACAGUAGCAAACAAAACCAUUGAACCCACGCUGUAGAAGAGACGCCAGUAUGGAUCUUGUGACCUUGUGUUUUGCCGACCCUUUAACCCGAGCAGUAUAGUGGUCUUCCCAUAUGUUUCUGAAAUGACCUUGCCUUGCAUACAGUACAGCUUGGGUGAACUUUGAAAACUUCCUGAUUCAUUUAGUUUCAGGUUUCAAGUCUGUUGGUGCAGAUCUGUGCAGUAUCUCUAAUUCUGCCUCUUUUCCCCAAACUGACCUGUGCUGUUACUUGAUGGUUUAAUGACUGAUGGGUUAUAUACACUGAUACAAAGUCCACACAAAGGUAAUUACAUUUUUGGAUUGUUUAAUGGAAUUAUUAUGUACAGGUGUAUUAUUUUGUAAAAAGAUUCUCAGUUUAAAUCAUGUUCACUGUAGCACACGGAGACAUAGUACUUUGAUACUGUCCAUUCAAAACGUUUUUGUUAUUUCACAGUUUGUUGCUUUUUAGCUUCAAUAAAAAUGGAAGUUUCUUUGCAGAUUGA